AUGGCAAGCAUUCAAAAUCCUCAAUCGGCAACCACAGUCUAUCUAGACCAGCCACCGAGCUGCCUCGAAUUUUGUCCGGAGGCUCCAGAUUACUUCAUUGUGGGAACCUACCUUCUAUCAGAAAUCAAAGCCGAGGAUGGGGAAAUCCAGCAACGUAAAACCGGCAGUCUGCAAUUAUGGAAACUAGACCCGGUCAGCAAAGCACUAUCCCAAAUACAAAAGAUUGCUGUACCAUACGCAGUAUUUGAUUUGCAUUUUCACCCAACACAAAAGAACAUAUUUGCAAUUGCGAGCAGCGUGGGAUCAGUCGCCCUCUUCCAAUUAUCUAUUGACUCCACCGGAGAUGCAUCAACUACAGACCCAAACAUGACCGAGCUAUGGACAAAACAAGUCCACGAAGACUCAUCAAUUCCAGCCCUCUUCCUCGCCUGGGCACCACAGAAUUGGUUCCCACGGUCCCCGGCAGACGGCUUUGCAGUCACGUUCUCUGAUAGCCGAACUGCUGUCUUCGGGACACAAGGCGAUCUCCGCAAAGAAGAGAGCGUAGUAGAAUGGGGUACCUAUGAAGCCAAACAGAUGAUUGAAGUCUGGUUUGUUGCUUUGGCCUCAAUGGCAGGCUCAAGCCCAGCUGCCGGUCAAAAGCCCAUUGAGUCCCCAUUCAUGUUCACCGGUAAUGAUUUUGGCUCGCUGCACACCCGCCGAUUCGACAAUACUGCUGAGCUGGAUGAUCCAGAUGAGAGCAUCUCGCCGAUGCUUCUUGAGCAUGAUGAUCGUGCGCGCCAUCAUACUGCUGGCGUGACCGCUAUCUUGCCACUUCCUGUUCCCUUGGUGGACGAUGCUCCUAUUCUACUGACAGGGAGCUAUGACGAGGGUCUGCGCGUGUAUCAUGCUUCGCGCAGGGGUGAAGUCCUCGCUGAAGAGAGUUUGGAAGGUGGUGUGUGGCGAUUGCAGCUGUUGGAUACGACAAAGAUCACAGAUUCUGAGGACUGCUUCUUGGUUCUGGCUAGCUGUAUGCAUGCGGGGACAAGAGUUGUUCGUGUUAAAUGCAAGCAACAGGAUGGAUCUUCUGAAUGGGAGAUCGAGGUUCUGGCGAAGUUUACGGAGCAUGAGAGCAUGAACUAUGCCAGUGGUGUUUGGAAUGGUGCAAAGGCGAGCGAAAAAGCGGAUCAGUCGUCCGAGCUCUUGGUCGUCUCAAGUAGUUUCUAUGAUCGAAGGCUUUGUGUUUGGAUCGCAACUGUAUAG